AUGUACAAUAAGGGAAAUGAUGUGUAUUUAAGUAAAACUUUAUCAUGGAUUUUGAGACACGGUGCCCAUAAAGAAGGGUUUACGAUAUCUUCGGAUGGUUAUGUUCCAGUUUCUCAGAUUUUGGCGUAUAAACAGUUAAAAGGAAAUGAUAGUGGAGAGUUAAAAAUCAAAGCUAAUCAGGGGCACUCAAUUGGAGUUGUUAAAGAAUUAGACUUAACACCGAUAGCAGAUUAUUGUGGAGUUGAAAAUGUAAUACAUGGAACGUAUUUGAGAAAUUGGGAUAAAAUUAAACGCGAAGGUUUAAGUCGAAUGACUAGAGAACAUAUUCAUUUUACAGAAAGUAUUGAUAAAAAUAAAUGUAUUAGUGGUGUUCGAGGUAAUGUUGAAAUUUUGAUUUAUAUUGACCUGAAAAAAGCUUUGGAUUCUGGAUUCAAGUUUUAUUUAUCACCAAAUAAAGUUAUAUUAAGCCCUGGAGAUAUAAAUGGAAUAAUAUCAAGCGAAUUUUUUUUUAAAGUUGUUAACAUAAUAGAAAGUAAGAUUAUACAUAGCUAA